AUGGGCAUAGCGCUUUCCAUGGACGUGGCCACAUGGCCGAGAGCAUGGUGUGGCCCUGCGGCCCCUGGCACCUCAUCCCCCAGUCAACAUGCCGAACGACAGGCGUUGAUUCCUGGAGCUCGGCCUUCCAGGCCUGGGUCGAGGUUGGUGACGCAACUGGGGCUUUCUGGCCUGGCAGUUUCUGGACUUUGCCGUCGAAGCCGCAAAACGAGGAUCGCCCGUCGAGCUGAGCCCGAGGGGGAGUUCGUUCAAGGCACUUCAAUCUUUGCUGAUGCAGAGAAAGAUCCAUUUCCAGCUGGCACUUCGCCAUUGGAUUUGCUGCCUAACAUGGACUUUACGGAGGAGGAGAAGAAGAAGCAGGAGCCAUCUGAGCCGGCCAUGGUUCUGGAGGUUCGUGGGGAUCUGGUGGUGGUACGCGCUGGAAAAGGCCUCUUCACACAGGAUAGUCCAGGCACCAUUGCUUGUACCGACAGUGGAGCUGAUGCGGUACUUCUCGCUUGGAAAGAGGACAUCGCAAUUUUGCAGCUCCUGGCGGGUGAAGCCGAGCCUGGAGAUGAAGCACGAAGAGUGGAGGAAAAGUUCCUUCAAACGAAGUGCAGCAAAGAGCUGCGCGGGCGGAUCCUGGAUCCUCAAGGCAGAUCUCUGGAUGGUCUGCCAAUGCCCGAGGAAGUGGAGAUGAGAAACGUUUUUGUGAUUCCCAAGCCAAAGCAGGUGCGAUCCAAUCAGUACCGGGCCCUCUUCACCGGGGUGCAGGGAAUCGACUUUGACGUUCCCAUUGGCCGGGGACAGACGAUGCUCUUUCAGGGCACUGACCCUGAGAAAGAUCGGAAGUACCUGUGGCCGGAUUUGCUGGCCUCAAAGCCAGUCAUGGGAUCUCAGAAGGAGCUCUUCGUGAAUGUGGUAGUCUGCCGAACCCUGGAUGAGGCAGAAGAGCUGCAGAGUGAACUCAAGGCGCGAGGCUGCUGGGAGAAUUGCACCAUCUUUGUGCCCAUCUCGGACGAUCCGGCAUCAAGGAUGAUCGCCAUCAAUGCGGCUGCUGCCUUCGCAGAGUACUUCGGUGAGGAGGGCGGCGAAGGAGUGGUCUUGUGUGACUUCGAAGCGAUGCACGACGUUUGGAAUGUGCUGGCUGAACUUGCUGGCCAGGAGAGAGCUGCCCGGGGUCUUCUGAUGGAUCCCAAGGAAGAGCAAUGGGUGCAGAUGCAGGGCACGGCCGGGGACUUGAUGGCUUUGGAAGGUGUUGCUACAAGGUCUAUGAGUCCACCGCGGAUCUCAGCAGAUGGCAGACCAAGUCCAGACCGUUGCUUGGAGAGGUGGUUGGUGGUUUGGCUUCACGGCAUGGAUCACGGCUUCAUCAGUCCCGAAGAGUUGGAGACCAUGCAGCGUAGGUUGAACCGCCGCGUGGUCUUCAUGGUGCCUUUGAAUCCAAAGGAGUGGAAUGGCCUACACUUCAAUUGGGGUUGUGCCUUCACUCGGGAGCAGAACAAGAAGGAGCUCGGUUUCGUGAACGGCUUCCUUCACGACGAGUUCUUGACCACCUUUGCUGCAACCAUUGCGAACGUGGCACAGUGGUACAAGGCUGAGCGAACUGUGGCCAUGGGGUAUUCGAUGGGUGGUUUUGGGGCGUUUCAACUGGGCUGUCGGGCGCCUGACACCUUUGACGCCGUGGUCUCUGUGGCGGGCUAUGGCCUGGGAACCAACUCCAAGGAUGCGCCCCAACCCUAUAGCGGUCGUGUCUUUUGGAAUUUCUUGGAAUACGAGGCCACUGCGAUGGCCAAAAUCCCAGUGGUGCUGGCCAUCCACGCCAGGAAUGAUCGAUUGUCCUCCUUUGGAGAUGUUGACCAUAUCAUCUCCACGGUGGAUGACCGGGCCAGAAAGGACGGCGAGUCCUGUGUGGCCAAACUGGUCACCAUGCCCACGUGGAUGGCGAACUCUGACAAUCCUCGCAAGCGAAAGAGGAAGAGCAAUCACGGCUAUUUUAACUGCACAUUCAUGGACGACUACAGCAACCAGUAUCUCUGGAAUGAGCUGCAACAGCUCCUGGAUGAGAAUACACAGGGCCAAGGUGACUGGCAACCCCAUCACCAGAGCCGAAAGCGCAAGAAACGGUGGCAUGACGAGUCGCGGUGGUCCAGCCACGAUGAAAACCACUUUGGAACACACCAGGAAUGGGAUGGUAAAGGUUCCAUGACCUUACUGGGAUGGCUGUGGGAGCAAGAUGGCAGCCUCCAAUACCGUCUACGAAAGGCGUAUGAGAUGAAACUGGAGCAGAUUGAAGAGAUCUCACGCAUUUCUGAUGAGAUCCGUGCUAAACUGGUAGCCAAGGUGAAGGCGGACGCCGCGGCAGACGGCAUCUCCUUCGACGGGGAGCCGGAUGAGACGGCCCUGAAGCCGAAUCCCAACAUCCCAGGGGUGCCCAACUGGGAAAUCGAGGAGCUGAAGUCCAUCUCUGAUGGACACAUCAUCUUGCGGCCCCCGGAGGGCGACGUGUGGGAAUGGCGCGUGGACCCCUACCGAUCCUUACCUCGACUGGGCACAGAUGCUUUGCACCCUGCCCUCAUCUCUGCUGAUUCGCCAAAGUUGCGCUUGAAGAUGAUGCAAGGAAAAGAUAGGGCAAACAUCCUUCAUGACACGAUCGGUGCGGCCGAAACCUUGGAUGAUAAGCCCGGAGUGGAGCUGCAAUUUAUUGAACUGCUGCUGCAUCAGCCUGCAAGUCAGCUUUUUUCCAUUGACGAGGAGGUGGCGAGGAUAGUGUUGGCUUCAGAUGCCGAUUGCACCAGGCUAAGAGAGGUGGAAGGUGAUUUGAAGAGGCGAGAGACCCUCACUGGCCUCGCUAAGGAACUGCUCCAAACUGAUGCGGGGCGACAAGCGAUGGCAGAAAUCAAAGACCUUGGUUUCGUGACUCCUCCGACCUUGGACCUGCUAAACCAGGAGGUUGCGACAUUCAGAUGA